AUGGAUCAUAUGCACCACGAUAUGGACUCCAUGGUGGCCAUGUCCGCAACCUCGACUGCCAGCGCGGCCAUGAGCACCGGCAGCUCUCAUAGCAUGGGUGGCAUGGACGGCAUGCACUCGUCUUCCUGCAAGAUCUCGAUGUUGUGGAACUGGUACACCAUCGAUGCCUGCUUCCUCUCCAGUCAAUGGCAUGUCACUUCCCGCGGCAUGUUCGCCGGCUCCUGCAUCGGCGUCAUCUGCCUCGUCAUCUGCCUCGAGUUCCUCCGCCGCGUCGGCCGCGAGUACGACGCCUUCAUCGUCCACCGCGCCCGCCUGAGAAAACAGUACCUCUCCACAACCGCCUCGUCUCAAGGCCUGACACGCGCCACCGACGCCGACGCCAGCGCCCAGGGCUCUCCCAAAACUGUCCCUGGCGCCGAAGGCGCAGCGCAGACGAUCUGCAGCGCGUUCGAGGACCAGACGCCUAUCCGCCCCACGCUGAUCGAGCAGCUGGUGCGCGCCCUGCUGCAUAUGCUCCAGUUCGCGGUGGCGUACUUUGUCAUGUUGCUGGCCAUGUACUUCAACGGGUACCUCAUUAUCUGUAUCUUCAUCGGGGCGUUCCUGGGUUCCUUUAUCUUCUCCUGGGAGCCCUUGAAUCUGCAGAAGGAGUAUGUCGUUCUCCUCCCCUUACCUUCGUCGGAUGAUAUGCAAAGGGCUCGAUCUGACCUGUGUCCUUGUUUUAGGAAUGAUGCUACAACAGUCACCAAAUGCUGCGGAUAG